AUGGAUACUGAGCAGUCCAUGGACACGGCGGCGGCUCCGAACCCAGCCCCUACCUCACCCCCCGAUCCCGGCCCGGUCUCCUUUCCCGCCCUCGACUCCAGUCCAGCCCAGGAUCACGUUCCGGCCCAGGAUCACGUUCCCACCCAGGAGCCAGCAGCAGCUGAAACGCCGAGUAACCCGCUGACCUCGGAAGAACACGCGGCUCCAGACCUCACCCCAGUUCUGCCUCUAGACCAAGAUGGCACUUCCAAUCCCGUUGCGGGUUUGGACCCACCCGUCCUCAUGCAGGUCGGACCCCUUCCACCACCCCUGCCGCCAGCCGCUGCCAAGAACCCCAGUUGCAAGAUCAUGACUUUUAGGCCUACCAUGGAGGAGUUUAAAGAUUUUGCUCAAUAUAUUGUCUACAUGGAAAGUCAAGGAGCUCAUCGUGCCGGCCUGGCAAAGGUGAUUCCUCCAGAGGGCUGGAAACCCCGCAGGUCCUACGAUACCAUUGAAGACAUGGUGAUUCCCGCUCCCAUCAUGCAGGUGGUAACCGGUCAGUCGGGUCUGUUUACCCAAUACAACAUUCAGAAGAAAUCUAUGACUGUUGGUGAAUACCGCAAACUGGCCAACAGCAAGAAAUACUGCACACCGCGCCACAAAGACUUUGACGACCUGGAGAGGAAGUACUGGAAAAACCUGACGUUUGUGUCGCCCAUUUAUGGGGCCGACGUCAGUGGCUCGAUCUACGAUGAGGACAUUCACGAGUGGAACAUCGGCCACCUGAACACUCUGUUGGAUAUGGUGGAGCAGGAGUGCGGCAUCGUGAUCGAAGGAGUCAACACGCCGUACCUGUACUUCGGCAUGUGGAAGACCACCUUUGCUUGGCACACAGAGGACAUGGACCUCUACAGUAUCAACUAUCUGCACUUUGGGCAGCCAAAGUCCUGGUACACUGUUCCUCCUGAGCACGGCAAGAGACUGGAGAGGCUUGCACAAGGAUUCUUCCCUGGCAGCUCCCAAGGCUGCGACGCCUUCCUCCGUCACAAGAUGACUCUGAUAUCUCCAUCCAUCCUGAAGAAAUACGGCAUUCCCUUUAACAGGAUAACUCAGAAUGAAGGGGAGUUUAUGAUUACCUUCCCCUAUGGCUACCAUGCUGGCUUCAACCACGGCUUCAACUGCGCAGAAUCCACCAACUUUGCCACUCUGCGUUGGGUGGACUACGGGAAGAACGCCACCCUGUGUUCCUGCCGGAAGGACAUGGUGAAGAUCUCGAUGGAUGUGUUUGUUCGCUCCCUGCAGCCCGAUCGCUACGAGCUAUGGAAACAGGGCAAAGACAUCACAGUGUUGGACCACCUGAAGGCCACAGAGUUGACCAGUCCUGAACUGGAGCGCUGGAGGCAGCACAGGGUCACCUACCGGCAAAACCUGCUGCAAAGAGCCAUGCACAAGAUGAAGCUGGUUCGUCGCUUAAAGCUUGAGGAGGUAAAGGUGCUGGCGGAAGCGGGAAUUGAGCUGAAUGCUGCCGAGUACCAGCGGCAGGUGGAGGAGCGCGAGGCUCAGCGCAAGCAGGAGAAGGACGAGCGUUUAGCGAGGGAAGCCAUGAUGACCUUGGAGGCCAUGGAACGCGAGGAACAGGAGGCUGCCGAGGCCGCUGCAAAGGCAGCAGACGGCUCCUUUACAGAAGAUCAAGAUGCUGAGACCAAGCCACCGUACUUGGUGGAAGAGAUCGAGAAGAAGAAGCAGAAAAAGCAGAAGAGGAUGUCCAACAUCCAAGGUCCCAUAUCUGGAUUUGAAGAAGCUUUUGAGAAGUUUGCUACGUCCGCCAAGAAGAACGCUGACAUACUGUCGAUUACAGAUGAAGACGUGAAGAUGGAAAAGAGCACCCCUCAGCCGCUGACCUUCUCCAAGAUGAAUAAGCCAAAGGAGGUGAAGAAAAGUCGGCGCCACCCGCUCAGUAAGCCACCCAUGCGCUCGCCUCUGUCCAUCGUCAAACAAGACCCGACCACUGAGAAAGAGCUGUCCUCGCAAAGCCGGAUGGACAACAGCAUGAAGAAACAGGAACACUUAUGGCGGAAUCGCUCCCCAAACUUUUUGGCGGAGAAGUCGUUCAACGCCGUCGUGGCCACACUGGAACCACACUGUGCUGUCUGUUCACUCUUCUGCCCCUACAUAAAGCAAGAGAAAGACAUUAUCACUGCCAAUUUUACCUCUGACCCCUCCAUACCUCGAAGUGGCAGUUCGACUCGGCCACUGGUCCCAGAGAUGUGCUUCAGCGUCGGAGCCGUCAACACAGAACCGCCACCCACAAACGACCACAUCGGGGAGGAUGGAACCAGUCUUCUGAUCCAGUGCAAAUGUUGCCGCAUGCAGGUUCAUGCCAGCUGCUAUGGUGUGAAGCCAGAGAGUGUCAGGGAUUCCUGGACAUGUGCCAGGUGUACAGCUGUCGCCUGGGUAGUGGAGUGUUGUCUCUGUAACCUGCGUGGAGGGGCGUUGAAAAGAACCACAGACAACAGGUGGGUCCACGUCAUCUGUGCAAUCGGCGUGGCAGAAGCUCGCUUCGUCAACGCCAUCGACAGGGAGCCGGUGGACGUCAGCGCUGUCCCAGAAACCCGCAAGAGUUUGAAAUGUGAGUUCUGUCACGCAACCAACCCCAGUCCAAACCGCGGCGCUUGCAUUCAGUGCACGCACGAGCACUGCGCCACCUCCUUCCACGUCACCUGCGCCCAGAUUGCCGGAGUAGUGAUGAAGCCUGCGGACUGGCCCUACGUGUUGUCCGUCACCUGCAAGAAACACACAAAUGGCACCCAGAAGCUAAACAAGCCUCGGCGAGCGCCUAAAGCUGAUCCCCAGGGUCUAGACUUGGGCCUGAAGGUGAUUGGGCGUAACAGCGACGGAUGGUACUACCACUGCACCAUCAUUGGCAUGGCAACACAGACGUUCUGCGAGGUCAACUUUGAAGACGGCUCAUACUGUGACAACGUGCACCCGGAGAAUAUAACAAGUCACGACUGUCUGCGCAACCAUCACCCAACGGUGGGGGAGGCGAUUGUAGUCAGCACACCGGAUGGUCAGGACCUCAAAGCUACCUUCGUCAAAGAGCACGUCCACAAGUUGUACCAGGUGGAGUUUCAGGACCAAAGUCAGCUGAUGCUCAAACAAUCAGAGAUCUUUCAGCUGGAUCAUGAGUUACCUAAAAGAGUUAGGUCUCGACUGGCUUUACCUGCGCCACAGGAGGAGGUCCCCUCAGCCGAUGAAGCCAAAGCAGCGAAGCGCCGCCGGCUGCCCUCCAGCUCCACUCGGCCUAAAACUUCAGCUCCUGCACCAGCACAGAAGAAUCCCAGUGUUACCGCUCAGCCGAAGGAGGAGCCCUCCUCCCCAACUCCCAUCGCCAAUCAGGAAGCCCCCACCCCCGUCAGCAGCAUUAAGACGGAGGCAGAGACCCCGAUGGACACCAGCGACAACCUCACUGACCCCCGCGCUGAGUCCCCCCCGGUCUCCAACCCCCCGCUGACUCAGCAGCCCGCCUCUUUUCAGGCCACUUUGAACUCUGACCCCUUCCUCUCGGCCCCUUCCUCCCCGCCGCCCGCGCCCCAACACAUGGCCGACGGCUACACGCCGAGCAGCGGCUACGUCUCCUACAUGGAGACGCUCCUCCACUCACGUUUUCCUCAGGACGAAGGCCCCGGCCCCGUGUAUUAGACAUCGCCUCCACCUUGGUAUUAGUCAGCUGACCGUGGCUGAGCCAACAGGAAGUAAGCUAAAGGAGGGGAACUCUGAGUGCUGUACUGACGGACAACUUUCCAAGGGGGGUGGGAAGAGGAAAGCAAGGAAUCAGAAGUACUCUUUUAAUGCAUGUUACUUUUUCUAUUUUUGACUUAAUAUAUUUGCAGUGGUGCUUUAGCCUGCUCUGAGGCACCAGCUAAAGAGCAAAGGUUUUUUUUGGUUUUUUUUCUUUUGUUUUUUUUUUUACAUUAUGAUCGUGCUAUUCCCUCCCCUUCUCGUUAAUAUGAAAAACUCUCCGGGUGGCAUCAGUUCCAUGCUUUGUUGCAUUUGUUCAGUAAAGGCACACUCCCAUGUUCUUCCUACAAAAACUAAAAAACGUUAAACGGCCUCAUGGACACAAGCUUUUCUAACUUCAAGUGACCAGCAACAUCCGUUUUUUUUUUUUUUUUUUUUUUUCUUCAGUCCACCUAAUCGUGGCUCGGAAACUAUGAUGGACUCGCAUCGUCCCUCUGCGGGUUCUCCAUGUAGUCGUGGUGUGUUCUUGUCAUAUUUCCAGACAUAAACUGGGGGGGGAAACGUGGGUUAAGAGAAAUGUAUUGUAGCGGGAACUCAGUAUUUAAAUGUCUUUGUGAAAUAUCAAAAGAAUUAUUUGUAAUAGAGGAAACAUGUUGAAUGCAAACACUAGUAGAUUUGUCUGGAAGAUGCAUUGAAGUUUAGUGAAAGAUGUAGUUAUCAGAUCAGAUCUUAAUGAAUUGACAUCAUUUGGCGGCUUCGCUAUUUUUUUUUUUCUUCUCUUUAUCCGCACCAAAAUGAACUCAGGGUUCCUACUAGCAGCGGACAAGCCAGCAAUAUCCCUCAUUCACAACGGACAGAUGAAAAACUGCUCCUGUUAUUAACAAUUCGUUUCUGAUGCUCUGCAGUUUGCCAGCUUAUUGUGGUUUGCUGUCACCAAGCAAAGCACAGGUUUAUGCUUAAACCUGCCAAAUGUGGGACAUUUAGUCAUAGGAAACAUGUAGGAACCCUACAAAUUUACAUAUAUUGCACCAUAUUUGAGUUUUAAUUGUAAGUAAAAAUCUAUAUUGUAAUUUGUCUGUUUUUUUUUUUUGUUUUUUUUCUAUUAUUGUAGUCUGUUCGUUUUCUGAAGUGAAUUCACAAACCUGGCCCUUCAUAAAUAUCGAGAAGUUUCUUUUUGAGCGGGUUUUACCGGCGCAUCACUCAGUUUGUACUGCUAACUACGAAUCCUUUUGGUUUCCUCUCUGUUUUUCCUGCAUAUGUCCGUUCUGUGCUACAGAAAUGCUAAACUACUGAUGAACCGAUUUCUUAUAACACAGACCCAGUGUACAUACCAGGCAGGCCUUGCGUUGUGAUUCACCUUUGUAAAUGUCACAUUAUUUCUCCCUGUAUCCUAACUAAAAACAUUUGAGCAGAAAUGCAUUCCAACUGAGAUCUAUUGAAACAAAAAUUAACUCAUGGAGAUUAAAGUGGGCUGCUUUUUGCCAACUCCCCGGUGUUUUGUGUGAAUCAGUAAUUUUUUUUUUUUGCUUGUUUUUUUUGGUCAAAUGGAUGCAGAGGUACUAACAUCUGAUAUUUAUUAGUUGUUAUAAUUAAAGGUUGUCGCUGUAAAUGAAAUUAAGUUAUUUUUGGUUGUUUUCUGAAAGCUAAAGUCAUGAUCAAGUAUGCAACUCACAUCUUAGUAAAAAAUAAAUGACUCAAAACCCUCUUUGUAA